AACAAAAGGGAAAGAGGGCCGCCGCCGCCGACCGUCGAAGGGAAACGACGCCGCCGCCAUUGCCGGGCCAGGCAGCCGAAACUUGUAGGUUAGUCGACGAUCGUGGAUCUCAUCAAAUUAAUCAUUGGUUUCAUCAGGUUGAGCAAUCACCUCGUCAAUAGUAUAAACGUGCUGUUACGCGAUGGAAGGACAAGAAGAUGUAUUUGGAACUGCAGACAGUUUGGGUGAGGGAAAGGUGGAGGAGCAUCCUGUUGAAAUCAAGGCCUUGUUUUUCGCUCGGGCUCGAGAUCUCACGGGCAUGAACGACCUCGUAUUAGAGGUCCCAUCAGGCAGUACUGCCAAGGAUUGUUUGAACAAGAUUGUAGGCAGAUUUCCAAGGCUGGAAGAGAUAGUUGGAUGUGUGGUUCUGGCUCUGAACGAGGAUUAUACAACUGAGUCAACAAUUGUUAAAGACAAAGACGAGUUGGCAAUUAUCCCUCCCAUAAGUGGUGGCUAAUCUUUCUUUCUGUUGCCAUUCAAAACAGAUUUUUCUUCUGCUGCUUUUUCAGCUGUGGGACCAUUCAGCUUCUGACUCAACUGUGUACAAAAUUACUUGUAUCAUAUGAAAGUUAUUGUACAAUUUGUUUUCAUCUUCAAA